AUGGUGGAGACGAAGGAUGAGGGUCAAGGCAGGGGGGGAGACGAAGAGUGGGGUCACAGGGUGGAGACGAAGGAGUGGGGUCACAGGGUGGAGACGAAGGAGUGGUCACAGUCCCUGCUCCAGCCCCAACUCCAGUCCCAACUCCAGUCCCUGCUCCAGUCCCAACCCAGUCCCAACUCAGUCCCUGCUCAGUCCCCAACUCCAGUCCCCAACUCCAGUCCCAACUCCAGCCCUGCCCAUCCCACUCCAGUCCCCACUCAGUCCCUGCUCCAGUCCCACCUCCAGUCCCCAACUCCAGUCCCCAACUCCAGUCCCUGCCAGUCCCAAUCCCGUCCCCAACUCCAGUCCCCAACUCCAGUCCACUGCUCCAUCCGCCACUCCAGUCCCCAACUCCACCCCAACUCCAGUCCCUGCUCCAGUCUCUGGGGUAGGCCCCAACUCCAGUCCCCUGCUCCAGUCCGCGUAGCCCCAUCAGACUCCCUGCUCAAGUCCCCUCCAGCGUCCCUGCUCCAGUCCCCAACUCCAGUGUCCCCAACUCCAGUCCCUGCUCCAGUCCCCAACUCCAGUCCCCAACUCCAGUCCCAACUCCAGUCCCUGCUACCAGUCCCCAACUCAGUCCAACUCCAGUCCCUGCUCCAGUCCCCAACUUCCAGUCCCCAACUCCAAGUCCCUGCUCCAGUCCCCACUCCAGUCCCAACUCCAGUCCCUGCUCCAGUCCCCAACUCCAGUCCCCCAACUCAGUCCCCAACUCCAGGUCCCCAACUCCAGUCCCUGCAUCCAGCCCCAACCUUCCAGUCCCCAACUCCAGUCCCCAACCAGCUCCAGUCCCCAACUCCAGGUCCGCCCAACUCCAGCCCCAACCACAGUGCCCUGCUCCAGUCCGGCGGUAGCCCAACUCCAGUCCCUGCUCAGUCCGGGUAG